AUGCCCAUCGAUAUCAUCUCCACAGCCUACUUCGACGGUCCUGGAGCCAUCCCUGGAUGGAACUUCGUUAAAAAUUACGGCCCUUAUAUCGCCACUGCCGCCGCCGUCAAAUACUACUUUGGUGGAUCUUCCAACACCUGGAAUAGAGACAUGCACGGACGUGUUUUCAUCAUCACUGGUGGAACGUCCGGCGUGGGUGCCCAGGUAGCUUACGACUUGGCCAUGAAAGGUGCACAGCUCAUUUUGUUGUGUAGAUCCACCGAGGAUGCUUGGACCUCCGAAUAUGUGGAAGACUUGAGAGAAAAGACGAACAACUUUAUGAUUUACGCCGAGCUGUGUGACUUGUCGCUGCUCCAUUCUAUUAGACUCUUUGCCACCACUUUCUUAGAUAACCAACCUCCUCGCCGCUUGGAUGGAGUCAUCUGUUGCGCCGCUGAAUGUAUACCGAGAGGAACUCCAAGACAAGUGUCCGUCGAUGGCGUGGAGCUGCAGAUCGCCGUCAAUUACUUGGCCCACUACCAUCUUCUCACGCUCUUGAAGCCUGCCAUGCAUGUUCAGCCACCAGACAGAGAUUUCCGUGUUGUUCUCACCACUUGUUCAUCGCAAGCUUUAGGAGAAAUUGACAAAGAAGACCUUUUGUGGGAAACCCGCCAAUAUCCCGUUUAUAAGCCAUGGUCCGUGUACGGUACGUCCAAGCUUUUACUUGGAAUGUUUGGCCGUCUGUUACAGAGAGAUCUCAACGAUUAUCAAAGAAAAGAUAAAGCCCCAUGCAACAUCAAGGUUUCAGUGGUAAACCCGGGUCUCAUGCGGUCGCCAUCCACUCGAAGAUUUUUGUCGAUGGGAUCGAUUUUGGGAUUGUUCAUUUACUUGUUAUUCUACCCAAUCUGGUUUCUCUUCCUCAAGUCUAGUGGACAAGGCGCACAAUCGUUGCUUUUCGCUAUAGCAUCUCCCAUUCUUGGAGCACAAGAUGGAGGCAACUUGGUUCAAGAAUGCAAACUUGUCACCAAGGGCCGCAAGGAGCUCUGGGACUACGAAUUGCAGGAUGUGGUUUACGCUAAGACCGCCGAACUUAUUGCUGGUUUGGAGAAACUGUCUGCCAUAGAAAGAAAGAAGGCCGACAAGGCUAGUGGCGCUGAUAAGAAGAAGAAGGCCGAGCAGCAGAAAAAGAAAGAAGAUCUUCGAGAGAAGCCACUGAAUGAAGACGAGCUUGAUUAUAAACUUCGCAUGAUGAAGAAGUCUUUGGGACUUCCUAUGGGCAGCGGAAGCGAGUCGUUGUUCUCCGAGGCAAAAACUCUGGCAGUGAAGAAGUCUAAAGCUCGGAAGAGAUAA